CAGCAGGAGCGCGGCGCCGGCGCCGUCCUGGCCGGGCGACCCUGGCCUGCCGUCCCGUCGGUGCAGUGGACCCGGAGGAACCUAGAUGUUGAUGGACUCGUGAAGUUAAGUUCUGGGCUCGCGCUUCCACUCCGUCGCGCCUUACUCCUGGUUUCCGUCUGCUGGCAGCAGCGACCUCGCCGCUCCCCCUCCCGAGUCUCGGACCGGCUCUUCGCGCCCCGUCCCCCUUGGCCCCCGGUGCUGCGAUCUACCCUUUCUUGGCUCUCCCGCGGCUGGGGGAGGGGCGGGGGUCACCAUGGCCGAAGCGCCCCAGGUGGUGGAGAUCGACCCGGACUUCGAGCCGCUGCCACGGCCGCGGUCAUGCACCUGGCCGCUGCCCAGGCCGGAGUUUAGCCAGUCCAAUUCGGCCACCUCCAGCCCGGCGCCGUCGGGCAGCGGGGCGCCCCCAGCGGCCGCGGGGCCGCUCGCGGGGCAGCCGCGCAAGAGCAGUUCAUCCCGUCGCAACGCGUGGGGCAACCUGUCCUACGCCGACCUCAUCACCAAAGCCAUCGAGAGUUCGGCUGAGAAGCGGCUCACGCUGUCGCAGAUCUACGAGUGGAUGGUCAAGAGCGUGCCCUACUUCAAGGAUAAAGGCGAUAGCAACAGCUCGGCCGGCUGGAAGAAUUCAAUCCGUCAUAAUCUGUCUCUACACAGCAAGUUCAUUCGUGUGCAGAAUGAAGGAACUGGAAAAAGUUCUUGGUGGAUGCUUAAUCCAGAGGGAGGCAAGAGUGGAAAAUCCCCCAGGAGAAGAGCUGCGUCCAUGGACAACAACAGUAAAUUUUCUAAGAGCCGAGGUCGAGCUGCCAAGAAAAAAGCAUCCCUCCAGUCUGGGCAGGAGGGUGCAGGGGACAGCCCGGGGUCUCAGUUCUCUAAAUGGCCUGCCAGCCCUGGCUCUCACAGCAAUGAUGACUUUGAUAACUGGAGUACAUUUCGCCCUCGAACUAGCUCAAAUGCUAGUACUAUUAGUGGGAGACUCUCUCCCAUUAUGACCGAACAGGAUGAUCUAGGAGACGGGGAUGUGCAUUCUAUGGUGUACCCACCAUCCGCUGCAAAGAUGGCUUCCACUCUCCCCAGUCUGUCUGAGAUAAGCAAUCCUGAAAACAUGGAAAACCUUUUGGAUAAUCUCAACCUUCUCUCAUCACCAACGUCAUUAAAUGUUUCAACUCAGUCUUCACCUGGCACCAUGAUGCAGCAGACACCAUGCUACUCGUUCGCGCCGCCAAACACCAGUCUGAAUUCACCCAGUCCAAACUUCCAAAAAUAUACCUACGGCCAAUCUAGCAUGAGUCCUUUGCCCCAGAUGUCAAUGCAAACUCUUCAGGACAACAAAUCGAGCUAUGGAGGUAUGAAUCAGUAUAACUGCGCACCAGGACUCUUGAAGGAGUUACUUACUUCUGACUCUCCUCCCCACAAUGACAUUAUGACACCAGUUGAUCCUGGGGUGGCCCAACCCAACAGCCGGGUCCUUGGCCAGAAUGUGUUGAUGGGCCCUAAUUCGGUCAUGUCAACCUAUGGCAGCCAGGCGUCUCAUAACAAAAUGAUGAGUCCUAGCUCCCACCCCCACCCUGGACACGCUCAGCCCACAUCUGCAGUUAAUGGGCGUGCCCUGCCCCACGCAGUAAGCACCAUACCCCACAGUGCGAGUAUGAACCGCCUGGCCCAGGUGAAGACAGCUGUACAAGUGCCUCUGCCCCACCCCAUGCAGAUGAACACUCUUGGGGGCUACUCCUCGGUCAGCAGCUGCAAUGGCUAUGGCAGGGUGGGCAUUCUCCACCAGGAGAAGCUCCCCAGUGACUUGGACGGCAUGUUUAUCGAGCGCCUGGACUGCGACAUGGAGUCCAUCAUUCGGAAUGAUCUCAUGGAUGGAGAUACUUUGGAUUUUAAUUUUGACAAUGUGUUGCCCAACCAAAGCUUCCCUCACAGUGUCAAGACGACGACACAUAGCUGGGUGUCAGGCUAAGAGUAAGUUAGUGAGCAGGCUAUCCUUAAGAGUACUUCAGAUUGUCUGACAGCAGGAACUGAGAGAAGUCCAAAGAUGUCCUUCACUCCACCUUUUCAUUUUCUUGAUUAAAAAAAAAAAAAAAAAAAAAAAAAAAA